GCAAUAAAUACUGUACAUUAAUAGGUAUUAUAGGAUUGCAUGCUUGUACACCUGUGUUUAAAGACUGUGAAUGCGUAAAGACGGUAAAUGGUACACUCUAGUGGAGAAGACUGGCAAUUACAGUUCUAUUUGUACUUAGGACAGAACGGUCUAGAUAUAAAAGUAAGGUUCAGUGUACCUGCAACAUUAGUGUUACAUGUAAUGGUUAAAAAUUUUCAUGAUUUUAUUGCACUGAACUGCUUCAAGAUGAAGUUGACUACAUUACAUUGUUGAUGCACUUGAUUUGCGCCAUCUAGCGGAGCCACGUGCGUUUUUAACCACACCUCCAUUUGUUACGACAAAGAGGAAGUUUGUAACUUGUCAUACUGAGAUUUAGCAUUGAAAGUAUGUCUAAUGCUGUUUUAAAAACAAAUCCACCUCGUUCAACAUGUUAAAAUGUUGCAUUUAAUCGCUGUAAUAUGCAUACUUUCAGCGCCGGUGUAUUCUGAUUCAGGAUCACAUUCGUUGUGGGUCUUUGCUACCUUCUUGACCGGAGAUGUAUCGGUUCCAUUUCCAGAGUUUACCGCAGUUGUUUCGUUGGAUGAUAUUGUCAUCGGCCACUAUAACUCCGACGAGAGCCGUUUUGUCCAGAAAACACAAGACGACUCUGUUAAUGUCACCGAGCAGUUGACCAUAUCAACAGUCUGUAAAGGCAUACACGAGGGCAUGAAAACCAAAGCAUACUACUUAAUAGAUUACUUUAAUUACACAAUAGGCCUUCACGUGCAGCAGAGGCUGGUCGGAUGUGAACUUCACCGUCAUGAGCCUGGUAAAAUGAUGACCCUGGAGGCCUUUAAUGGUGAAAGUGGCUUCGAGAGACACUAUGAAAUUCAGGGGGACCAGCACACUCAGUGGAAAUGGCCUGUGAUAAAGAGUAGGGCGCAGUUAGAGUAUGACGCAUGGCUGUAUGCUCACUUUUAUCGCCCUCUGUGCAUCAGUCAGCUGAAGAAGUAUCUGAAAAAGGAGAAGAAACGGGUUACAGCGAGAGUUAAACCAAGACUGAGAGUGAUCAAACAAUCUAACAGUGACACAGGUGUAGUCCAGGUUACUUGCCUGGCAACUGGUUUUUACCCACGACACAUUAACCUGACCCUACUUCGGGAUGGCCAGCCAGUAAAUGAGGAGCGGGUCACGGGUGGAGAACUUCUGCCUAAUGGUGAUGGAACGUACCAGAUGAGGAAAAGUGUUGAACUGAGUGCUGAAGAGCAGAGAGAAAAACACUCCUACACAUGCACUGUAAUUCAUCUUAGCCUGGAUAACAAGCUUGACAUCAGUAUAGAACCUGGUCCUGACCCAGUUAUUGUAAUUCCUUCUGUACUAUUGCUGCUGCUGUUGUGUGCAUUUGGAGCCCUGGCCUCUUUUAAAAUAUGGAGGAAGAUGUAUAUACCUGCCAGUCAGCAGGUCAGCUACAUCUCUACCCCAGAAGCUGACGAGACGUGAGAUCCUGAAAGAUUUUUCUUUUGCUUGUUCUAAACAGGCACACCAUUAUUUAUUUACUUUUACAGAAAAAAUGUCUGUAUUUGUAUUUCUUUCCAGUAAAAUAUCUAAACAUCUGUAAAAGAAGAUUUUAUGCUUAAAAAGAUUUUCUUAGCCCACUGGCAUUUAUGUAUUUGCCAUAUGCUUUUAUCCAAAGGGACCGACAGUGCAUUCAAGAAGUGUGCAAAAAUGUAUUGCCACCAGAACUCCUCAGUAUUCAAGUACUGUAUACUUUUGUAUUUGUGAGACUGUUUACAUAAUUUAUAUUUGAACUAAUAAAAACAUUUAUUAUAU